GUCCAUCUGUCUCGACGACAUCCCACACAGCAUUCUCUGAGUCGAGGCCCCUACUCUAACUACACCCAUAACCACCUAGACAAGUUCGGCUCAUCGAAAUGUCUGAACGAAAGGUCCUCACCAAAUACUACCCUCCGGAAUUCGAUCCGUCCAAGAUCACCCGGACACCCAAACACCUGCGACCGACUGGCCCCAAGACGAUCCCCGUACGACUGAUGGCGCCGUUCAGCAUGAAAUGUACAUCUUGCGGCGAGUACAUCUACAAAGGGCGCAAAUUCAACGCCCGAAAGGAAACCACCGACGAGAAAUACCUCAGCCUGGCCAUCUACCGAUUUUACAUCCGCUGUACAAGAUGCAGCUCGGAGAUCACGUUCAAAACGGAUCCCAAGAACAUGGACUACACGUGCGAGAGAGGGGCGAAGCGCAACUUCGAGUCGUGGCGGGAUUCCGAGAGUGCCGAGCUGAAAGAGACCGACGAGGAGCGCCUGGAUCGACUAGCGCGGGAGGAAGCCGAAGAGGCGGAGAACGCGGAAAGAAACGCCAUGGAAGAACUGGAACAGAAAAUGGAGGAGAGCAAGCGAGAGAUGCAGGUGGCCGACGCCCUGGACGAGAUCAUGCAGCGGAACGCGCGUAUAGAACGAGGCGCAAAGGACGGCAAGGAGGAACAUGCUCUUGCGCAAGUCCGGGAUCUGGCGCGGGAACAGAGAGAGGCUGAGGAACGAGCCGAUGCUGAAGCUGCUCGAAAGGCGUUCGAGGCCGCCAACGUCGAAAGAGCCCGACUUGAGGAAGAGGCCAAACUGCUGCAGGAUCGACAGGCGAAGCAACUCUUGGGAAAAACACCUCCUCCGCCGUCCUUCGAAAAGGUGAAAAAGGUCAAGAAGCCUCUUGUCCCAGGUCUGGUUCGCAAAACCGAGCCAGCUAAGGUAUCACAGCCGGCGCCUCAAGUUGUACCGAAGCCAGCUGGACUGGAUCUGGGCGACUACGGUUCUGACGACGAUUGAAUGAAGCAGUUACAGCUCUAAUGAUAUUCUCACGAUGGCAUUCAAGUCAAAGCAUUCUUACGGAGGAGGGUGCAGUGCAUUGCAGGGCGUUUCCGCGGCCACCAAGCCUUGAUGCUAGAAGUGUGACAGCGGCGAUCGAGCCGUUCAUGCCUUGCAGAAGUCAUCGUCGACCAGGCUGGGUGCACGAUCAGCCAGAUACAUGCACCGAAGCAGACCAGCCAAUCUCAAGGGACAAGAGUCAGCACCAUCCUUCCAGCGUCCAAGAAACGCGGUCGUCCGCCCGCCCGCCAUUCGAUGGCAUGGGAUAUCUGUGCACAAAGGUCUGGUUACUGUAUAACCCAAAGGUACAUGUCGGAACCCCCUGCAAAGAAUACAAAGAUCUUCCUGCUCAACGGGAGGUUCUAUGGCAUCUAUUAUUGGACCGCAGCCCUGACGGCACCCGCCCGCAACCAGCAUUCACUAUUGCACUAUUGCUGGUUGCGGUUGCGGUUGCGGAAAUCUGCUACUCACGCCAUGAUUGAAUGGACGAUCAUGUAUGCAGCCCAUCAUCUAUCCUGACCUACCUUUCUCUCCAUUUGUCUCCGUGCCAGUCACUGGUAGUAGUUCAAAUCAGAGCAGAGCACAACUCGCACCUUGCUUCCUCCCGAAAAAUAUGGAGUAUUAUGCAAGCGGAUUGUCUCGUUUCCAGAUCCCAAGCGUGGAUCAGAUAUGCAGUGGACGUGGAAGUCGACCCUACCCAGCUAUAAUUUUCAACUGCCAGGACCAAGGUCUAGGAACAUUAGUUACUCAAUCAAUUGAUUUCAAGUACCUCAGCUGUUGUAAAAGAAAACAACCAUACAACCCGG